UCGCCAUCAUCAUCGCCAUCCCGCGUGCCAGCUGAUAACACCGGAAUCCAGUUUACACUGUUCCACCGUAGAAGUAAGGCGCAAAAAAAAAACCGAACCGGACAAUCGAUGCAUUGGUCGCUCGUCAUUCUGUUUCUCUCCACAGCCAGCGGACUGGCGACUGCACGGUACGCGAAACGCGCACUCGAUUGCACAAGAUGGUACCGCAAUUUGACAUGCUUCAUCGAGGAUCGAACCAUCCUAUCAACGUCGUCGGAGGAGGAAGGCGACGAUCACCAGUCGCCGCCGGUCACCUUUCCCGCCCAAGCCGCACAGCUCAUCCUCGAUUCGUGCGUUGUUUUCCCCUUUUCCGUCCAGCUGUUUGCGGCACUUGACGGUGGCAGCACCGCUUUCCUCACGCUCAAGGGCGGCUACGUACCGGUAGUUGCCUUUCGCUCCGACAGCCUCAACUCGCUGCGCAUCGAUCAUACCAACCUGCACGACUUUACCAUCAGUCCGGUGGAGAAUCGUAACCUCAACACGCUGAUCGUCAGCGGCAAUCCGUUGGCGGCGGUGCCACCGACCGUUCGCUACCUAACGGGCCUCUCGAUUCUAGAUCUCUCCAACAACGAGCUGGAAAGUGUCAGCCUGAACUGCUUCGAAUCGAUGGGCAACCUGCUGGUGCUCGAUCUGUCCGCGAACCGUAUCGCCCGGGUUGACCUGCUUCCGACGUUACGCCUACCGCGGCUCAAGAACUUGUGGAUCAAUCAGAACCGUCUGCGCGAGCUGAACCACUUCCCGGACUUUGCGCCCCAGCUGCACCGGGUCCGGCUGAUCGAAAACCGGUGGAGCUGUGCCUGGGUGCAGCGGGUAAGGGCGGCCAUCUGGGUGGCAGAUGUGCAGGUGUACGGUGCCGAGUACGGCUGCCCGGAGAAGGUAGACGGUGGGCUUUGCUGUUACGAUGAGUGCGAUGAGUGCGAUGAUGAUGAGCGGACAGAGAGGCGAUACCAGAUUGUGAAUGUAAACAGCGAACCAGAGGAGGCAUCCGUUGAGUUAGUUGAACUACAAACGACACCGCCAGCGCCUCGACGGGAUGACGGAUGGGGGGACAAUCGAUUGAAGCAACCCCAUGAGGUGACGGAACAGCAUCAUCGUGGUGCAGGCGAUAGGGAGCCACCUCACGGCAGCCAUUUUAUGGAUACCGUUUGGCAACUCGAGUCGACGGUCAAACGGAUUGAAGCGGAACUGAACGGACGGCGGUCGGGCUGAGAAGCGUUUUGUGUUAAAUGUUAGUAGAAUAGUUCUAGUAGCUUAGAUGAGUUGAACGCGUUUGAAAUACACCUUUUUCCCACCCUUUUCCCCAUCACCAGUA